AACAACGUCCAAAUCAGUUUCUCAUGACCGUUUAUCGUAGCAACGUUGUAAUAAAGAUCUCAACAAUAACAAUCACAUAUUGUGUAAUGAAGAUAAGACCAUCGAUCGUCAUCCAGUGAAUUUUGAAGGAAGAACAGUCUGUUUUUACCUACACGCUUUCGAACAUGUCCACGAGCCUGUAUCGGCGAUGUUUCGGACUCGUUUUCGACGGAAUCUUCAGGAAAAACUCCGGUCGUAAGGCGUAUCUCUUUUCCACAGAGGCAAAAGGAUCUCCUUUAUUCCCAGGAGCCAGGACGAGAUGGACCGAAGAGCUAAAAUUCACCGGCAAGGAAAACUACGAGCCCAUUCCCGUAUACAGGGUGAUGGAUCGACAAGGUCGCGUCAUACAGGAUUCGCACAACCCAAAUCUCUCGGACGAUAUCAUCUUGGGGAUGUACGAAAAGAUGCUGUAUAUAUCGGUGAUGGACAAGAUCUUGUACGAGUCCCAGAGACAGGGCAGGAUUUCGUUCUAUAUGACCAACAGUGGGGAGGAAGCCACCCAGAUUGGAAGUGCGGCAGCUCUGAAUAUAUCUGACGUCGUUUACGGACAAUACAGGGAGGUUGGGGUCUUGAUAUGGAGGGGCUUCACCAUACAACACAUAGCGGAUCAGUGUUAUGGCAACUCUGAUGACCUAGGUUUGGGCAAACAGAUGCCCGUUCAUUACGGAAGCAAACAACUCAAUUUCGUCACUAUUUCUAGUCCGUUAGCCACUCAAAUACCUCAAGCUGCGGGAGCUGCUUACGCACUCAAAGGUACCAAUAGGGUCGUGAUAUGCUAUUUCGGAGAUGGCGCUGCGUCCGAAGGCGACGCCCAUGCAGCGUUCAACUUUGCAGCCACGCUGGAUUGUCCCGUCAUAUUUUUCUGUCGAAACAACGGUUACGCCAUAUCUACACCCACGGAUGAGCAGUAUAAAGGUGACGGGAUAGCCGCCAGAGGUCCCGCCUACGGAAUAAACGCCCUAAGGGUUGACGGCAACGACGUAUUCGCCGUCUACAACGCCACCAAAAUGGCCAAGACCUACUGUUUGACCGAAAACAAACCGGUGAUCAUUGAAGCGAUGACUUAUCGAUUAGGCCAUCAUUCCACCUCAGACGACAGCACGGCUUACAGACCGAUAGAAGAGAUAAAAGCCUGGACUAGCGACAGUCCCAUCCUGAAACUUCAGACCUACUUGAAGGAACGCGACUUGUGGAACGACGUGAAAGAAGAAGAAACGUUGGAGCGGACGAGGAAAGAAGUCCUGAAGGCUUUCUACGCCGCCGAGGCGAAAUUAAAGCCCAAAUGGACCGAAAUGUUCGGGGGCGUUUACGCGGACACGCCCGCACAUUUGAAGAAACAAAUGGAUGAUAUGAGGGCUCACAUGGAGAAAUAUAAGGAACAUUACCCCUUGGAUAAGUUCACGCAGGCUUGAAGAAAUUAUUGUUAUUUAUUUUUAUUAUCUGCCAUUAAAGCUUCCACCAGUA